UGAUGUCACAUACUGCAUGCAUCUAGCAGGUCAAUUUCAUCGUCAUCUAAUGUAGAAUUUCAGGUGCAAAAAUCUUAAAUGUGAUGCCACUGAGAUAUACGCCACUUGACCACGGCAGGACUCGAACUCCCAUGUGCAGUAUUUCUAAUUAACCAAGCUUGCUACAUGCACAGCAGCCUCUAUCUUAUACAAACAGUACUUUCAAGUCUCAUGGAAUGUACCUAAUUAUUUCCUACCUCAUUGUUAAGGAAUUUCUUCUCCAACAAUGCAUGCACCUUUUAGUCUAGCACUAUGGCUUGUGUUGAUAAAAUAAAGUUGACACCUCUUUUUCUCCUGACCUCUUUAGCGUGUGGUUUGAGCUUUUUCCAUAUGCUUCAUUAUCUCUAUAUAAAUCUUUCAUUCAUUUCCUUCUUCAUUAUUCUCAACACCAAUUUUCUCUAGCAAAAGUAGUAUAAAUGGGUAGUCUUCCAACUGAUAACCCAGAAAGCAUGUCGACAUGUUUGCAGAAUCCACUUGAUCCAGAUGAGUUCAGAAGGCAAGGUCACAUGAUAAUCGAUUUUCUUGCUGAAUACUACAAAAAUGUUGAAAAUUAUCCAGUCAGAAGCCAAGUCGAACCCGGUUACUUAGGCAGACGAUUGCCCGAAUCAGCUCCGAACGAUCCUGAAUCUAUUGAAACCAUUCUUCAAGAUGUCACAAAUGAUAUUAUCCCUGGUCUUACUCAUUGGCAGAGUCCAAAUUAUUUUGCAUACUUUCCUUCCAGUGGUUCGAUUGCUGGGUUCCUUGGUGAAAUGCUUAGUACCGGAUUUAAUGUUGUGGGAUUCAAUUGGAUGUCUUCACCAGCUGCAACUGAGUUAGAGAGUAUUGUCAUGAAUUGGCUCGGGCAAAUGCUUACACUUCCAAAAUCAUUUCUCUUCUCGUCAGAUGGGAGUUCAGGAGGAGGAGGGGUUUUGCAAGGAACUACUUGUGAAGCCAUUUUAUGCACAUUAACUGCAGCAAGAGAUAAAAUGUUGAAUAAAAUUGGUAGAGAAAAUAUUAAUAAGCUGGUUGUUUAUGCUUCUGAUCAAACUCACUGUGCACUACAAAAAGCAGCUCAGAUUGCCGGUAUAAACCCAAAGAACUUCCGCGCAAUCUCUACCUCAAAGGCUACAAACUUCGGGCUCUCUCCUAAGUCGCUUCAAUCUACGAUUCUUGCUGAUAUUGAAACCGGAUUAGUUCCAUUAUUUCUAUGUGCUACCGUCGGUACAACUUCAUCAACAGCAGUGGAUCCAAUUGGUCCACUUUGCGAGGUUGCAAAACUGUACGGUAUUUGGGUUCACGUGGAUGCGGCGUAUGCUGGAAGUGCUUGUAUCUGCCCAGAGUUCAGGCACUUCAUUGCAGGCGUGGAGGAGGCAGAUUCAUUUAGUCUAAAUGCACACAAGUGGUUCUUCACUACUUUAGACUGUUGUUGUUUAUGGGUUAAAGACUCUAGUUCCCUUGUGAAGGCAUUAUCAACAAAUCCAGAGUAUCUAAAGAACAAGGCAACUGAAUCAAAACAAGUUAUUGAUUACAAGGAUUGGCAAAUAGCUCUAAGCAGAAGAUUUCGAUCGAUGAAACUUUGGUUAGUACUUCGCAGCUACGGAAUCGCAAACUUGAGAACUUUCCUUAGGAGUCAUGUUAAAAUGGCUAAGCAUUUUCAGGGGCUCAUUGGUAUGGAUAACAGGUUUGAAGUUGUGGUUCCUCGAACUUUUGCCAUGGUUUGUUUUCGCCUUAAACCAACUGCAAUUUUCAAGCAAGCAAUAGUCGAAAAUGAUUACACUAAAGCUGUAACAAAUGAGACCAAUGCAAAAGUACUUGAAUCAGUCAAUGCGUCUGGCACGAUAUAUAUGACUCAUGCUGUUGUUGGAGGGGUUUACAUGAUUCGGUUUGCUGUGGGUGCAACACUGACAGAGGAAAGACAUGUAACUGGGGCAUGGAAAGUGGUACAAGAGCAUACAAAUGCCAUACUUGGUGCCUUGGAUGGUAAUUCUAUUAAUCAUCAGAUUGUGGCUUGAAAUAUAGAAAAGAAUCUGGAGGAAAAAUCUUUUAUGUUCUUAAUUUAUCAUCAAUUGUUUAUUUUAUCAAUUCUGAUACUAUGUAAUCCCUGUUGCUAUUCCUAGCAUCGUGUAUAUUACAAACGCAAUAGAAAAAUAUUAAUCCGAAAUUCAACUCAA